AUAUGAAACGAAGGGAAUUUUAUAGCUCUCAGCAACGACACCUGGUUUUAAAGCUAUGUUUGGCAAUGUCAAACACAUCAAAGAUUAUUACUGCAAGAUGGCGGUCAACAUGUGGAGAAGGCCACUAAAUCUGAGUUUAUUUAUAUUGUUAAUUGAAUUAUACUUUGUAGUAGGAAAGCCAAACGUAGUGCAACUUAAUGAGGGUAACUGGAAAGAAAUUCUUAACCAAGAGUGGAUGGUGGAAUUUUAUGCACCCUGGUGCCCUGCAUGCAAGGCCUUGCAGCCUGUUUGGGAAGAAUUUUCAACAUGGAGUGAUGACCUCAGCAUUAAAGUGGGACAAGUUGAUGUGACUACUUCACCUGGGCUUAGUGGGAGGUUCUUGGUGACUGCUUUACCCACAAUAUUCCACGUUCUGAAUGGAGAGUUCCGCCAGUAUCGUGGUGCAAGAGAGAAGGAUGCUUUUAUUUCCUUUAUUGAAGAAGAGAAAUGGAAAGCUAUUGAUCCAAUUUCCAGUUGGAAAUAUCCUGCAUCAUUACAGAUGUCAGUUGUUUCCUAUUUCUUCAAGUUAUCGCAGAUUUUACGGGCUGUCCACAAUAAGCUGAUGGAAGAUUAUGGGAUACCGACUUGGGGCUCAUACUUGAUAUUUGCAGUUGUUACCAUUAUAAUUGGGGCUCUGCUUGGUUUUGUGUUGGUGUGUAUGAUAGAUUUAAUUUACCCACCAAAACCUAUGCAAGUUCAAACCACAACUGAAGCGAACCUUGAAAAGGAGAAGGGAGAACAGGAGAGCAGUAGCAAGCAGUUUAGUGGCGAUGAUCUGGAUGAUGAUGUAAUCAGAGAUGAUAUGAUAGAUGAAGGAGGAUCAGACAUUGCUGCCUCUCAGAGUGGUUCAGACACAGAGGCAAAGGGAGACGAAGAAAAUUCCAAUGUUCGGAAACGUAAACCCAGGAAAGACGAUUAAUAUCAGGCCUGGUACUUACAGUAUCUAGCAAGGGUCUGUGCCAGUAGUCAGUACUACAUGAGGGGAGGUUAAUGGUGGAGUGCCGCUAGUAUUGGGUGAGGUUGGAAAGAUGUUACCACUUUGAGCUCAGGGUGUACAUAAUGUUGUGGGGAUGGCUGCACACCCAUUAACUUCACCACAUAGUAUUUAUUAUAGCAGUGCCUGAUAGGCAUUGCUUGUGAAGCACUAAAAUAUCUUGUAGGCCAGGAGAUACAAUGUAUGUUCUGUUCCAUCUGAAUUGUGCUUGGACAGACCAGUGAUGCAGGUUUCUGUUUUUUUUUGGUAUUGUUUACAAAAUUAUUUCGCUUCUCUUUGGCUAAGCAAUUGAAUUGGUAAUGAAACCUGUCUUAUUGGUCAGUCCAACAGCCAUGUCCACCCCAAAUUGUAAAUAUGUAGCAGGUAUUAUAUUCCAUGGGAGGCACCAAGGGGUGAAGUAAUUUGAUAUGCUGUAUGUAUAAAUAUAUAGCAAUAAGUAUGUAUUACUACUGUUACUACUACAAUAUGAUCGAGUGCCUAUUAUAUUCCCUAUACACAGUCCAGCUUUAGCCCUCACCUAAAAACUGUGAUAAAACUUUGAUCCUGAAAACAUUCCACAUUGUUGUAAGGGUCGGACUAAGAUAAAGGUAUUUGCUCUUGCUAACCUCAGUUUGUGUCAUGGUUAAUAUAAUAACUUGCAUACAAAUCACUCGUAGCAUUUACUAACUUCAUUACAAUAGACGUAUUAAAUCUUGUAACUGCUAAACCAACAUUUGGAACAUCUUCCAAAUAAAGAAAUAUGCUUUUGUUUUUGUGAUAAUAUCUGUCUAUUGUCAAUAAAUAUAUGGAGGAUAUACUGACUUACUGUGAAAAGAACCCUUGGAAAGUUAAUUUGGGACAUUUUUCUCAAAAUAUGGUUAGAUGGGUUUGGUAUGAUGACAAAAACACCAAAGUUUGGCAUCAUUAAUAGUUCUCAGAAACUGACCAUACUUACACUUUACAAUUAUUAGUACUGGAUUUGUGGACUUUGUCAGUCAUUUGGCAUUCUUAAAAACACAAUGAUUCAGAAAAUGGAAAGUUUCCAUCCUCAGGUGAUGAGGUGGGCAAGAAAUUACUUGGUUGGUUCUUUAGAAAGAGUUAACCUCAGUCACUGGUCAACCAUACUCUGUCAGUUGAAGUUACAUAAGUCCCUGAGGUCACAUUUUGUCAACUGGAAGUCAUAACAAAAUGCCCAUAAAAUGGAAAAUAAACCUGUCAAGUCAAAUCAGGAACAUAACCUAGAAACACCAAAUCAUUGACCACUCAAAUUGGCAUGAUUAUGCAUUACCAACUUACUGUUAGCUCCUUUUGUGGAAGAAAAUGGGAACUAUUGAAAAAUAACAGACAAGCAUAAAUAAUUUACCAGGGUCAACAAAACCCCAUAGUAACUUUCUAACCUCUUUGUUGAUAAGAGGAACACUUAUGGGAAAAGUUUGAAUUAUUGGCUGAUCAUUUGGGAUUAUUCUUUGUUAUUUCUUAUACUUUUUAGUUUCAAUCUGCAAUAUCCUAGCUUUACAACCCCCACCAUCCAUUGACCUUUAUCAUGUGCAUGUUGGUCAUGUCUUUUAUUUUUCUAGUAGAUUCUCCCUGAGAUCGCACCUAUUCUGCCAGAGCCAUGCAGCUAACAGUCAGUUUCACCAACAUGGCUUUUGCCAUGUUCACAGGUAUAUGUGAUAAAUGCAUUGUGCCUUCUGCUGGGGAUAUCUUUCUGUUCUGAUCCUCGUAAGCAAACUCUUAAUAGUGUUUAUUUAGAUGAGUGUUAUGAUGUUAUAGCAGUUACUAAUAGAAGUGCCUUUUAUGCAGGCUACAAACACAGCACCAAGAGGCAUUUCCUCAUUUUUUGGGUGAAUAUGAAUGUGGCAGAACAGGUAUAGUCUCAGAGAGGGCCUUCUACAGAUAUCAAAACUGACCUAACCUGCUUAUAAGGAAGGCUGGCAAUUGUACAGGUUGGAAUGAAGGCAGGAUUUUGCAGAUUAAAAUUAAUGACAGGAAUAAGAAUUAGCCUACCCAUGUACCCAAUCUGAUCAGCCAGCGCGGCUUGGAUGUUUCUCAUAUCAGCAAGAUGGUUAGUAAGGUAUAGGGCAGUCUGAUUAUUUAUGCUUAUAUUUUGUUUUCAGGUGGUUACAUUUGCUUCCAUAUGCAUUGCUAGCAGUAGGUGGAUGUUGUCUUUUAUGCCAGUUAUACUAUCCAAUGCUUCAUUGUUUCUGGGUUAUGUUAUUGGUGUGGUCUGAUGAUUUUAUUUUUCAUUUUCUCUUCAUUUUGGAUCCUUAUGGGUAUUUUUAUUAUAGUUUCCUUUAUCUCACAUUGACAAAAUCUGAUCUCAAUGCCUUAUAUAGCUUCAGUUGACUGAUUGUGGUUGACUUAGCUCCUAAUGAACCAAACUUGAGUAGGUAUUUACCACCGUUUCAUCUGGAGAUGGAAACAGAUCCAGUUUCUGACAAGUUGUGUUCUUUUCAGAAUACUCUAUGGUGGACAGAAUUGAAUAAUAUUAAUCAUAAUAUAAUUUCCUCACAACCCUUUAAAAAUGACAGAUGUUACAAGUGAAUUGACAUCUACAAACAUUUAAUUUAUUUGUUUUGUUUGACAGUUCUGUACAUUUUAACUUGAUGGUACAUGGUGAUGUAUUCAAGGGCUGGGUUUGAAUCUGGUACAUGAAGCAAGUGGACAUUUGGUUGUGUUACUGAUGCUGUUAAUCCCAUGUUGUAUUUGAAUGUGCGGAGUCAGCAUAGCAAGAAAGAAACAAACAAAAAAACCUUUGUAUGUUCUGUUAUGAUUGUCAGUGUUCUCAUAGUUUUUUUAAUAACAAAGUAAACUUGUUACUGCAAAGCUGUAUAGUUAAUUCUUUUUCUAAAAUAAACAAUUUUUUUUUUGUUAAAUAAGA